GGCCAUGCUGGCAAGAUGUCCGUCUUCACCAAUCUUUUGGGCGAUCCUCUUUGCCGAAUCCGUCACUCGCCUCCUUAUCUCAUGCUGGUGGCCGAGAUGGAAGUGGAGGGAGAGAGGAAGAUUGUGGGCAUGGUCAGGGGCUGCAUCAAAACUGUCAGUUGUGGAAGAGGAAGCUCACACGAUGAUGGCGAGAAUCCUAUCUAUGCCAAAGUCGCCACCAUUCUUGGCCUAAGAGUCUGUCCUUCACACCGAAGAAUUGGCAUUGGUUUGGCUCUGGUGAAGAAUAUGGAGGCAUGGUUCAUCCGCAAUGGUGCUGAGUACUCUUACAUGUCCACGGAAAAUGACAACCAAGCCUCACUCAAUCUCUUCUUGUUGAAAGGCAACUACUCCAAAUUCCGAACCCCUUCCAUGUUAGCCCGACCCAUUUACGCUCACAGGGUCAAAAUUCCUGAUCGAGUCUCCAUAUUUGAACUCGACCACGCGGAGGCCGAGUCGCUCUAUCGGGCCCGCUUCUCCACCACUGAGUUCUUUCCUCGUGACAUUGAUCGCAUCCUGAGUAACCGGCUCAACCUCGGUACAUUUGUUGCCAUGCCAACUGGGUCAUGGCCUGGUUUUGGGCGGUUCCUCGCCAAUCCACCUGAGUCAUGGGCGGUCCUUAGCAUUUGGAAUAGCAAGGAGACUUUCACGUUGCAAUUAAAAGGAGCGCCACGCACCCUCCGGUGGAUGGCCAAGGCGACACGCACGGUGGACCGCUUACUGCCAUUUCUGGGCAUACCAUCCGUGCCUCAGCUAUUCAAGCCGUUCGGGUUCCACUUCUUGUACGGCCUUGGAGGGGAAGGCCCGCGAGCGGGGAGGAUGAUGGAGGCGCUCUGCGCGCACGCGCACAACCUGGCCAAGGAAAUGGGCUGUGCUGUGGUUGCGACCGAAGUGGCUAGCAACGAGCCGCUGAGGCCGGCAAUCUCGCAUUGGAAGAGACUGUCGUGCGAGGAAGACGUGUGGUGCAUGAAGAGGCUGGUGGAGGGUUGUAGCGAGGGUCCGGUUGGGUACUGGACAUGUAGCCAACCUGGCUCCUCUAUAUUUGUGGAUCCCAGAGAAGUGUAAUUAAGAUUAUUGAUCAUACUGAUUGCAGCUUUCCUUGCUUUGGUAGCUCAUCAAUUGGAAAGAGAAGUUAAAGUAUUAGGUAGAGGGGUGUGGUUGAACUUUGGACAUUGAACAGGUUUUGUGUGGUCUUAAGAAGAUUGACCAGCAAAUGUAAAUUUGA